GCUCAGCCGGCGGGCGGGCGAGCGCGGCGCGGCCCGGGCCGGGGGGGAUGUCUCGGCGGACGCGCGGAGAGGAGCUGGAUGAGCUGCACUGCCAGGACACCGACUCUGACGUGCUGGAGCAGAGAGACAGCAAGUGCAAGGUUAAAUGGACCCACGAGGAGGACGAGCAGCUGAGGGCCCUGGUGAGGCAGUUUGGACAGCAGGAUUGGAAGUUCCUGGCCAGCCACUUUCCUAACCGCACUGACCAGCAAUGCCAGUACCGGUGGCUGAGAGUGUUGAAUCCAGAUCUUGUCAAGGGACCCUGGACCAAAGAGGAGGACCAGAAGGUUAUCGAGCUGGUCAAGAAGUACGGCACGAAGCAGUGGACACUGAUCGCCAAGCACCUGAAGGGCCGGCUGGGGAAGCAGUGCCGUGAGCGCUGGCACAACCACCUCAACCCUGAGGUGAAGAAGUCCUGCUGGACUGAAGAGGAAGACCGCAUCAUCUGUGAGGCCCACAAGGUGCUGGGCAACCGCUGGGCCGAGAUCGCCAAGAUGCUGCCCGGGAGGACAGACAAUGCUGUGAAGAAUCACUGGAACUCCACCAUCAAGAGGAAAGUGGACACGGGAGGCUUCCUGAGCGAGUCCAAAGACUGCAAACCCGUGUACUUGCUGCUGGAGCUCGAGGACAAGGACAGCCCGCAGGGUGCCCAGGCAGCCGAAGGCCAGGGCGGUCUUGUGACCGGCUGGCCCCCGGCGCCCCCUGCCAUGAAGGAGGAGGAAGGCAGCGAGGAGGAGGCGGCCGCAGCCCCUUCUGCCGAGCCGGAGCUCAUCCCCGUACAGCUGGACAGCGUGCACACUCCGGAGCCCUCGCAGGAAUUCCCCAAGCGUGAGGACCAGGAGGGCUCCCCGCCAGAGACGAGCCUGCCCUACAAGUGGGUGGUGGAGGCCGCCAACCUCCUCAUCCCUGCCGUGGGCUCCAGCUUCUCAGAGGCCCUGGACCUGAUCGAGUCGGACCCUGAUGCUUGGUGCGAUCUGAGUAAGUUUGACCUCCCUGAGGAGCCAUCCGCAGAGGGCAGCGUCCACAGUAGCCCGGUACAGCCUCAGGCACCACCCCAGCAGCAGGCACUGACACCCCGCCAGCCGGUGGGCCUGGUGCCCAACGUGACCGAGUACCGCCUGGACGGCCACACCAUCUCAGACCUGAGCCGCAGCAGCCGGGGCGAGCUGAUCCCCAUCUCCCCCAGCACAGACAUCGGGGGCUCCGGCACCGGCACCCCACCCUCGGUGCUCAAGCGUCAGAAGAAGCGGCGAGUGGCCCUGUCCCCCGUCACGGAGAGCAGCGCCAGUCUGUCCUUCCUGGACUGCAACAGCCUCACACCCAAGACCACGCCCGUCAAGACGCUGCCCUUCUCGCCCUCCCAGUUUCUGAACUUCUGGAACAAACAGGAUACCCUGGAGCUCGAGAGCCCCUCACUGACGUCCACCCCAGUGUGCAGCCAAAAGGUGGUGGUGACCACGCCCCUGCACCGGGAUAAGACGCCGCUGCACCAGAAGCACGCUGCGUUUGUGACCCCAGAUCAGAAGUACUCCAUGGACAACACUCCCCACACGCCCACCCCGUUCAAGAACGCCCUGGAGAAGUAUGGACCCCUGAAGCCCCUGCCGCAGACCCCGCACCUGGAGGAGGACCUGAAGGAGGUGCUGCGCUCCGAGGCUGGCAUCGAGCUCAUUGUUGAGGAUGACGUGAAGCCCGAGAAGCAGAAGAGGAAGCCCGGGCUGCGGCGGAGCCCUAUCAAGAAAGUGCGGAAGUCUCUGGCUCUGGACAUCGUGGACGAGGACGUGAAGCUGGUGAUGUCCACAAUGCCCAAGGGUCUGGCUAUGCCGACCAGCGCCCCCUCCGGCUCUGCCAGCCACGUCCUGUCUGGAGUCAAAGAGGACAACAGCCUGCUCAACCAGGGCUUCCUCCAGGCCAAGCCCGAGAAGGCGGGGCCGGCCCCGAAGCCCAGAGGCCACUUUGUGGCACCUGCUCCCAUGACCAGCGCCUGGAAGACGGUAGCCUGCGGGGGCACCAGGGACCAGCUGUUCAUGCAGGAGAAAGCCCGGCAGCUCCUGGGCCGCCUGAAGCCCAGCCAUACGUCUCGGACCCUCAUCCUGUCCUGAGGGCUGGGGGCCGUGAGCCGCUCUCGUGUUUACAGGGGAUGGGGACACAGGGGUACAAAUGUGAGAGUCACCCUCAGGUGCUGCCAGCCCCUCCCCAGACUGCUCAGGUGGGGGCAGAAGGGCCACACACUGCAAGUGCAGCUGCGGGCGGCUCCUGGUGCUAACAGAACAAAGUCCCACUCCGGGGCCUGCCUGUCCCCUCCCCAGUGUCCCAGGGAGUCCGGGUCUGGCCUGGCCUCAUCUCAGAACCCUGCUCAGGGCAGGGAAUGUGGCCGGGCGCUCCUUUCCUCAUUCAGCCUUUGUUUCAUUUCAUUGAAAGAAUAAACUAGUUUGUUUCCGUGUGCAGCCGCUCUUCCCCCAAGGGAACAUCUCUG